AUGCCAGUGAUCGGUAGCGCUUGGUCGAGCAAGAUGUUCAACUUCCUCACAAGACGAUCGGCCGUACAUGAGGAUGUUGAGCUCGACAAGCGCUCCCCAGAGCCUGGCUCUGUAGAUCAUGACAGGUCCACUUCGGACGAAAAACUUCCUUCAAGAGAAGACACCGCUUCCAUCUCAGAGAGCAAUCCGAGGACCGAGGACCCAGCUCUAGCACCAGGAGAGUUGACGUAUGAUGAAGCAACGUCCGGUGGAAUGGGUCACCACCUGGGUGUAUUCACCUGUACCAUGAUGAUCAUUGGGCGAAUCAUUGGCACGGGUAUAUUCUCUACGCCCUCUUCAAUCCUCAAGUCGGUCGGCUCGGUCGGCGCCUCCAUGAUGCUGUGGCUAUUGGGAUUCGUCCUAUCGUUCUGCGGAUUGUUCAUAUGGCUAGAGUUCGGAACCAUGAUACCUCGUUCCGGCGGCGAGAAGGUCUACCUGGAGGCUGCAUAUAAGAGACCGCGACAUUUGGCUACCAUCGUCUUUGCAACGAAUGCCAUUCUUCUCGGAUUCACGGCGGCGAACUGUAUUGUCUUUGCCUCAUAUGUACUUGAGGCUGCCGGGGCAACCGUCACUCGAUGGAAUGAGCGUGGCAUUGCUCUAGGAGUCAUCUUUGCUGUGACACUGCUCCACGGGUUCACACCACGGACGGGAAUCUGGCUCAUGAAUAUUUUGAGCGUGUUCAAGAUUGUCAUCUUAAUCUUCGUCGUCAUCGCAGGUUGGGUUGUACUCUCUGGUCGCACGCACAUCGCAGACCCGCAUGCCAACUUCAGAAAUGCCUUCGCUGGUAGUUCGCACAGCAGUUACGACUAUGCGACGGCCACCUUCAAGGUCUUGAACGCAUAUACAGGAUGGUCUAGUAUCAAUUACGUUAUGAACAACGUGAAGAACCCAGUGCGAACAUUGAAGAUCGCUGCUCCACUGGGUCUUGGCAUCUGCGCAGUGCUUUACAUCCUUGCCAACGUUGCAUACUUCGCUGCUGCCACCAAGGAAGAAAUUGAGAAGUCCGGUGUCACUGUGGCAGCGUUGUUCUUCAAGAACGUCUUUGGGCCACAAGCACAGAAGGCCCUCACUGUGUUUGUCGCGCUGAGGGUACGUCGGCCAUGUAUUCAUGCUCGUGCUUCGUGGCUUAUCAAAGUUUCCUCGAACGCUCACAACGACAGAAACGUCAUCACCGUCACGUUUGGCGCUGCACGUAUCAACCAAGAGCUCGCCAAGGAGGGCAUUCCUCUCCCCUUCGGCAACCGCUUCUGGGCAUCGAACUGGCCAACGGGAAAGAGUCCCCUACCCGGACUGAUCAUCCACCUCAUUCCUUCGAUCAUUGUCAUCAUCGCGCCACCGCCAUCCGUCGCCUACCCCUUCAUUCUCGACCUAGAGGGCUACCCGUCGCAGAUCAUCAACCUGUUCGUCGUUGUCGGAUUGUUCUGGUUGCGGUACAAGAAGCCAAACGCGCAUCGACCGUUCAAAGGCGCGUCCUAUCAUUUGAAACCUUCCAUAUGGUGGCCACUCGCAGUGUUCUACCUCGCUGCUGCCGUCUUCCUCCUCGUCGCACCAUUCAUCCGCCCGCCCGGAGGUAUCGGAGACACUCCGCCGUUGCCAUACUAUCUGUACUGCCUAGUCGGUAUCGCUGUCAUGGUCGUUGGUGUGCUCUGGUGGGCAGCCUGGCGCGUCGUGCCGAGAUGGUUCGGCUACAAGUUCAUCGGGAGGAAAGAGAAACUCGACGACGGCACGGUCGUCACAUUGUUCUCAUUGGCUAAAAGACAGUGA